AUGCCCUCUCUGCAGAAUAGCAAACUCGCCUUCAUUGGCGGCGGCAACAUGGCCUCAGCCAUCAUCGGCGGCCUGCUGAACCAGGGCAUCCCCGCGCAAAACAUCACCGUCUCGGAACCGUGGGAUGUGAACCGGAACAAAAUCGCCGAUCUCGGCGUGCGCACGACGACAGAUAACAUUACUGCGGGCGGCGACGCCGAUGUCGUGAUCAUUGCUGUCAAGCCGCAAGUCACAAAGGCCGUCUGCGAGGAGCUUGCGGGCGCGUGGGAGAAGCGCGAGACCCUUCCUGUCGUCGUGAGUAUCGCGGCUGGGAUUACGUUGGGGAGCUUGAGCGGGUGGUUACAGGGGAAGGAUGGACGGAAUGUUCAUCUUGUGCGUGUUAUGCCGAAUACGCCGGCGCUUGUGGGUGAGGGGGCGUCGGGGCUGUUUGCGAGUGAGGAUGUGACGGAGGACGAGAAGGAGCUUGUCGCUGCGCUUUUAGGGAGCGUGAGCAAGGCGACCGAGUGGGUGGAGCGCGAGGCGCUUAUCGAUGUUGUUACGGGGCUUUCUGGCUCCGGGCCGGCAUACUUCUUCGCCAUGGUCGAGCACCUCAUCGCCAGCGCCAAAGCCCUCGGUCUCCCAGAGGAGCAAGCUACUCGCCUCGCGGCACAGACCUGUCUUGGCGCUGGAAAGAUGCUGACUACGUCCUCCGACAGCCCGACCCAGCUGCGCAAGAACGUGACCAGUCCCAAUGGAACGACCCACGCCGCUCUCGAGACGUUCAACGCGCUGGGAUUCAACGAGACGGUGGACAAGGCCGUCAAGGCUGCGACGGACCGCGCUGCGGAACUGGGAAACACGCUGGGAAAACCAUAG